UUUUAAGUAUCCAGAGUAUAGACAUGAUUUCCACUUUAUUUAAAGGGUUAGGUUCUUCAUUAACCAGAGCUUCUGCUUCUCUCGUUAAGCAACAACCCAUUCAAAACAGUUUACGUCAAGUUCAAACGUCAGCACAAGAAAGCAGCUCAGCACCUAUUGAAAAACUUCGUGAACAGUUACGUUACUAUGCAGUCGCCGAGAUUGCUGGACGACCCUUUUUAAUCACAAAGAAUGACAAGGUUAUUGUCAAUCGUUUAAAGGAUGUCAAGGUGGGCGAUGUGCUCAAGUUGGAUAAAGUGCGUGAAUUAGGAUCCAAGGAUUAUACUUUAAAGGGCUCACCUUAUGUUGCGGAAAACGUAUUCGAUAUCAGUGCCACCGUCAUUGAACAUACCAAGAGCAAAUUGAUUCAAAUCGUCAAGAAGAAGAGAAGAAAGAAUUAUAAGCCUUCAAAACCUUCUGCAUUAAUCCGUUUUACUCGAUUAUCCAACGAUGUUUUGGAUAGUCGCUACUUACAACACUUGAAGAAUAUCGUGUUUGUCUUUGUCUUAUUAAAUUAUUGGUCCAAGGCCUACAACAAGGUGCUGGUGGGUGGUCCUGCCAGAGCCUUCAACGAUUUCAAGACAUAUAUCUUCAAGCUCGUUUUCAAGCAAUUACGCCGUCUUCCUUCUGUGCAAGCGAAAAUUAACGAAGCGUUAGGAAGUACUUUAGCAGAUAUGGAGCACUCCAUGAUGUCAAAAGAAGUUGGUUGCGAUAUCAAUUUAACUUUACCAGCAAAGGGAUUAUCCGAAGAACAAGUAAUGGAAAGUUUACACAAGUUCCAAACGCUGAAAGCAGCCGAUUGGCAGAGUGGAAAAGUAUCAGGCUCAAUUUAUCAUGGAGGAGAACAAUUAACGAGAAUUUUGGGUGAGGCCUAUAGCAUAUUUGCCAUUGCCAAUCCUCUUCAUCCAGAAAUCUUUCCCGGUGUAAGACGUAUGGAAGCAGAAUCUGUUUCAAUGGUCUUGUCCAUGUAUAACGCUCCUGCCACGGGCUGUGGUACCAUGACAAGUGGUGGUACCGAAAGUAUCCUUAUGGCUUGUAAGACAUACCGUGACAUGUACAAAGAUUUGAAGGGUAUUAAUAACCCUGAAAUGGUUGUGCCUGAGACGAUUCAUGCUGCUUUUAUGAAGGCUGCUAAUUACUUCAAGAUCAAACUUGUAACCGUCCCUAUUGAUCCCGUCACUCUCAAGGUCGAUAUUAAGAAAGUGCAAAGAGCUAUUACAAAGAAUACAGUCAUGAUUGCAGGUUCAGCCGUAAACUUUCCUCAUGGUAUCGCUGAUGAUAUUGUCGAAUUAGGCAAACUAGCAAAGAAGUACGACAUUGGAUUGCAUGUUGAUUGUUGUCUUGGUAGUUUCAUCAUGCCUUACUUGGAAAGGGCUGGAUUCCCUACCACUCCCUUUGACUUUAGAGUGGAAGGCGUUACCUCUAUCUCUUGUGAUACCCACAAAUAUGGUUUUGCUGCCAAGGGUUCUUCCAUCAUCAUGUAUCGUAAUCCUACCAUUCGAAAAUAUCAAUACUUUUUGUAUUCCCAAUGGACAGGUGGUAUCUAUGCAUCUCCUAGUAUUGCCGGCUCUCGUCCUGGUGCUUUAAUUGCAGGUUGUUGGUCAGCAUUGAUGCAUAUGGGUGAUGAUGGUUAUCUCGAAACAUGUAAACAAAUUGUUGGUGCUCGCCGUAUUAUGGAAGCUGGUGUUCGAUCCAUUCCACAACUUCAUGUAAAGGGAGAACCUAUUGGACCUGUACUUUCAUUUGGAGCCAACGAACCUCUUAAUAUCUAUGAUGUGGGAGACAAAUUAUCAGCUCGUGGAUGGAACUUGAGUGCACUUCAAAACCCUGCAGCACUCCAUAUCUCCACCACUUUACCUUGGGUGAAAAGUGCCGAUUUAUUUGUGAGCGAUCUUAAGGAAUGUGUACAGGGACUGGUGGAGGAUCCAUCAACCGGUAAUGGAUCCACAGCUGCUAUUUACGGUACCGCUGCUAGUGUGCCUGAUAAAACCAUUAUUGAUGAUGUGGCUGCGGGUUUCUUGGAUCUUUUGUACAAGGCCUAACUUAAUCAUCUUUUUUUUUUUAUGGAAUAAAUCUUUUUUUACCCUUACUUGGUAACGCGCACUG